CGAGGAUCGGCGGGGCAGUUUUCUCGGUGAACAACAAUUUUAUUCUCGGGAACAUCCCACCCUGGUUGCACCCUUCGUCGACGGUGCAUAGAACAACAGUCCUGCCCGUCGCAACUCCAAGAGCACGCGACACCUUCAAUUGAGCUACUCCCACCCGCUCAAACACCACACAACAUCGUCCAAGAUGGCGUCUCAAGAACAGAACAUGCCGUUCAUCAGGAACCUGGCCUCCAGCGACCGCAAACUCCGAACCCAAGCCCUAACCUCCCUCCAAACCUUCCUCGGCUCUCACCGCGCCCUCUCCCACCUCGAAGCCCUGAAGCUAUGGAAGGGCCUCUUCUACGCAAUGUGGAUGUGCGACCGCCCCAUCCCGCAACAAAACCUCGCCUCCGAGCUCGCGGCGCUGACAGCCUGCCUCCGCAACGACGACGUGCCCACCUGGCUCGCCGCCUUUUGGGAGAUCCUCUCCAAGCAGUGGACGGAUAUCGACGUCCUCCGCAUGGAGAAGUUCCUCCUCCUCGUCAGACGCACGUUUACCUCGGGGUUGCAGUGGGUCAAGGAGGGCGAAUACGACGAAAAUAGGGUAGAGGAAUUGUUGAAGGUGUACGGCGAGUGGCCGUUCGAGCUCGAGGGCGAUCUGAGAAAGGUGCCUAUUGGGCUGCGGCUUCACGGGCUUGAUAUCUGGGUCGACGAGCUGGAUCGGUUGGAGAUGCUCGAGGAGAAGGACGCCAAGGCGGUGGCGUUUGCAAAGAAGUUGAGCCAGCUCGUUGAGCCGCUUAAGAAGUCGCCCGUGAAGACUGUGCGAGCCAAGGCUGCGGUCGUGGUUGAGGACGAGAGGCUGCCGUGGACGGAGAACAAAGCUACCGAGGAGGCGGAGGCGGCGGAUGGGGAUGAUGACGAAUGGGGCGGCAUUGACGAUCAGUAGAGGGGAGGAAGCAUUCCCUUCUUUGUGUGUGUCUUUGCAUGGGAUGGAGAACACGGCGUUCAUUGGAUUUUAUAAAAGAAAGGGAGGCAUGUCAUUUUUGAUGUAAGGAUUCCCCGUGGGUUUCUGUUCCAUGGGAAGCGGUGGUGGGAACCAAAAAGAGAAUUCAGA